AUGUAUGGUGAACAGUUGCGGCGCACUUUAGCAGACUUGUGGCGGAAGCACUACAGUGAGCUCCUGUGCGCAGCGGAAGAGAGAGCAACGAAGAAACUGAAAGAGAAAGAGUUGGAAUUUGGCAAUACGAUGCGUAGAAACGCAAAGUUGGAACAGCAGGUGGCGCAGUUUAGAAUGGAGGCGCAGGUUUGGAAGGCCCAGGUGGAGAAUCUGGAGGAAAAGACUUGGUCUCUGAGGGCGUCAUUGCACGAAGCAAAAUUGCGCGGUGGGAGCACGGAUGAAGUGAGAGAGCUAGGAUGCGCCGGUUGCAAAGAGGCGCAUCAAGAAGAGGCUGCCGAAUCGUCGUUUGUUGACCCGGACCGAGUCGACCCAGUGAGGCUCGAGUGCAAAGCAUGUGAGAAGAGAGUCGCGACGGUAAUGAUGUGGCCUUGUAGGCACGUGUGCGUCUGUGUGAGAUGCGACGCCGUUUCAAAAACUUGCCCUGUUUGUCUCUUCCCCAAAACCACCAGCGUUGAAGUUUGUCUCCCCUGUGGCACAAAGUGA